UCAGGAAACAGAGGACCUGGAAGAACUCCGCUGGACUGGACCACAAGGUUGAAGGUUGCAGCUGGAGCAGCUCGAGGAUUAGCCUUCAUUCACAACCCAUUCAAGUCCCUUAGGCUAACACAUGGCAAUAUCAAAUCCACUAACAUCCUCGUUGACAAAUCUGGCAAUGCUCGGGUAUCAGAUUUUGGCCUCUCAGUUUUUGCAUCACCUUCCAACUUCCCAAAAUCAAAUGGGUACAAUGCCCCUGAAACAGUACUGGAAGGUCGGAAAUUAACCCAAAAAUCUGAUGUGUAUUCAUUUGGGGUCCUAUUGCUAGAGCUGCUAACAGGAAAAUGCCCCUCUGUUGUGGACAAUGGUGGAGCUGGCCCAGGGUACAAUGGGGUCAUUGAUUUGCCGAGGUGGGUGCAGUCUGUAGUGAGAGAGGAGUGGACUGCUGAGGUGUUCGAUUUGGAGCUUAUGAGGUACAAAGGUAUUGAAGAAGAGAUGGUGGGUUUACUUCAGAUAGCGAUGGCCUGUACUCAGGCUUCACCGGAUCAAAGGCCAAAGAUGAGCUAUGUUUUGAGAAUGAUAGAAGAGUUACGAGGAGUCGAGGUGUCACCAUCACACGAGACCCUUGAUUCUGUUUCAGACUCGCCAUCAGUGUCCGAAGAUGCAUGCAGACCAAGUGAAUAAGUAACGGCUAGUUGUUGAAGGUUUAAAUUGUUUGCAUUUCCAAGUUUUGUUAACACAAAUGUCUAUCGAGCAGGUCUCGGACUAGAAAUUUUUAGUAUUUAGGAGAUAUAUUAUGAGUUUGGUUGCUACUUA